UCACAUGGAAAAGUUCCUCCCAAAGGGCCUCUGACUGAGGGAGUAGACCGCAAUCUGCUCCUGCGAUAGCAUGGGUAUGCAUUUCAACUGAUCACCUUUAUUCAUCUGGUUCACUGGUGUCUGUGUAUACUUUUCGCGGAGAUCCUGUCCAUAACAAUGAAACCCUACGUCCCCCUUUCUUAGUGUUUAUUCAAGCUCCCUAUCAGAACUUUUACGCGGUAAGGGAAGACUGGUUUUGAAUCUAAUUUCAAUGCCCAAAACUUUGUAAACCCUAAUUUUCAGAAUGCAAACAACAUCAGUGUGAGUCAGCCUUGGAGAAAGCCCAAAAAUGUCCGCUAAAUGGAGAGCUCUGCAACAUCGGCACAAGUGGACUUAUGGUUCAGUUGUUUUUUUCCAAGCUUACAUGGAGAACUUGCAAAGCCUAGCUCCAGAGCUGUCAGGCUUGAGUUUCUUUGUGAAAUUAAAGGAGUUCUCCACCAUGAAUUCGGUUUACUCACAGGUAAAUAGCAUCACGAAGCUAGCUUUAUCUUUUGGAGAGUUAGUUUCUAAUGGUCGUGACGCUGUUUCCUCUGCUAUUCCUUUCUAUCUUGAAAUCCUUUUCCUCGAAAACUCUCUGCCUUUGCACCGAGCUCUUAUAUCUGUGUUAACAAAGGGCCACUCUGUAGAAGCUCAUAGCGAGUUAAUUGGAAGUUGUUUUCGUUUGUUAUGUGAGGACUAUGCUUUCAAUGGUGCGAAAGCGAGGAGAUUUGCGUCAGCUCGUGUUGCCCUAUCAAUCAUCAGUGCUCCAAAAUUGGGGUUUUUGAAGGAGACUGUUGAGAAUUCUUCAGUUCUUAUAGCCAUGGAUAUAUGCUUUGGGUUACACUCUACACUAAUGGAGAUUCAUGAUGGAGCCCGACCCUCUCCAAUCACAAUGGAACGAUGCCAAGAAGCCAUGUCUUGCUUGUAUUACUUGCUUCAGAGAUACCCCACAAAAUUUUCGGCCUCUGAUAUUGAAUUCGGGGGUCAAAAUGAUUACAAGAAAUACAUAGGUGCAAAUUGGGGUGUUUUUAAAGACAUGGGUGUGCUUGGAAUUGUUGUUAAAUCCAUUGUAGAUGUUCUCAAGUCAUCUGCUUUUUCGAGGGAUUGCUUAGUGGCUGCCGGGGUAAGCUUUUGUGCUGCUCUCCAAGUGUCUUUUGAGCAUCAUGAACUUGCCAUGUGUAUACUGUAUGGAGUUUUUCUUCAGAAAGGUUUAAAAUUCACCAUGGGUAAUGAUAUCAAGGAACAAUAUAUGCACAAGUUCAAUCAUUUAGUACUAGAUGAUUCUGAUUAUUGCAGAAAGUUUUAUAACGGGGAUUUGAAUUCAGAGGUCAAAAGCUUUUCUACUUUGAGUAGAAUAUGCUUAUUAAGAGGGAUUCUUACAGCUAUUCCCAGAGAGGUACUCAAUAUGCCUUUUACUGUAUCGAGUGAGAGUGCAGAGUCCAGUAAUUUAGUAUCUAUUGAGGCAUGUAAUGGAUAUAAUGUGAGUCAUAUUUCCAGUUCAAUUUGGACAAUACUUUUUGAUGGGAUUUUACCAGAGCUUUGUGACUGUUGUGAAAAUCCUUUAGAUAGCCAUUUUAAUUUUCACUCACUGACAGUCACCCAGAUAGCACUACAACAGAUAAAAGCAUCUCUCCUGGCAAACAUUGUUUGCCUCAGAAAAGAAAAUUACAUUCCCUUUUCUGAGGCAUUGGCUAACCGAAUAAUGAAGAUCAUAUGGAAUAACUUGGAAGAUCCUCUCAACCAAACUGUCAAACAAGUUCAUCUUAUAUUUGAUAUUUUGUUGGAUAUUCAAUCAUUGGUUCCAGAGCAUAAGAAUAAAGGUGAUGGGGGAUCUCAGUUGGCACAACAAGAGAAUGGGAAGAAGAAGUCUUAUUUGUUAAGCAUUGCUUCUGAGCUUUUGCGUCUGGGGGGUCGGUGCAAGGGCAGGUAUAUCCCUUUGGCUUCUCUUGCUAAGCGUUUGGGUGCAAAGACUCUUUUGGGAAUGAGAGAGAGACUUCUCUUCGAGACUGUUCAGGCAUACUCUGAUGAUGACGUGUGUUGCUCUGCCACUUCAUUCCUAAAAUGUUUUCUUGAGUGCUUGAGAGAUGAGUGCUGGAACAGUGAUGGUGUCGAGAAAGGAUAUUCUUCUUUUAGGCGGCUCUGUUUGCCUCCUAUUAUGUCAGGUCUCAUUUCUGGGCACUCCAAGCUUCGCUCUAAUUUGAACACUUACGCGCUUUCAGUGGUUCUUGCAGUAGAUGUUGAUGGUAUAUUUGAUAUGCUUACUGUUAUUACGGGUAAUCAAUGUGACGAAGAGAGCGUACCUGAUUCAGCAUUUGGUGAUAUUCAAAUGUCAUUAACUGUGGAUCAACGUGUGGCUUCAUUGGUGUCCUUGCUCAAGGUAUCGCGUUCACUUGCUUUGGUAGAAGGUGACAUUGAUUGGCUAGAGAAGACUGAACAGUACUGUCUAAACUCAAAUUGUUUAGCCAUUGUUUAUUUAAAGGGUGUUGUUGUAAAAAUACCCGUGGAAUGGCUAAAACUGGCGCUUACCCAUGUUGACGAUAGUCUAAGAAUAGAUGCUGCUGAGCUCUUGUUCCUAAACCCUAAAACUUCUAGCUUACCUUCCAGUUUGGAACUCAGUUUGUUGAGAAAAGCGAUCCCCUUGAACAUGCGUUGUUGCUCGACUGCUUUCCAGAUGAAGUGGAGAAGUCUGUUUAGGAAGUUCUUUUCUCGGGUCCGAACUGCAUUGGAUAGACAAGUAAAACAAGGUUCACAAGAAUCAAUGUUUCAGGGGCCUUUGAAUUCUUGCUUCAGUUCUUUUGAUGAUGAUACUAAGAGGGGUUUAGAACUCUUCCAUUUUAUGAAGUGGUUGAGCUGUUUCCUUUUCUUCUCUUGUUAUCCUUCUGCUCCCUAUGAAAGGAAGACGAUAUCCAUGGAACUCAUCUUGACCAUGAUCAGUGUUUGGCCAAUAAAUCCAACCAUGUUCUUAGAUGAAGGACAAAGUGGUAGCUCCGUCCCUCCAUAUGAUGAAGUAAUAACUUCACCAUAUGUUACUUUAUUGCUAUUGGGGUGUAUAGUAGAUAGUUGGGAUAAAUUGAGAGAGAGUUCUUUCCGUAUACUUCUGAAUUACCCCACCCCGCUUCCUGGAUUAUCAAAUGGAGAUGCAGUAAAGGAAAUAAUUGUGUGGGCAAAGGGUCUAGUAUGCAGCCCAAGGGUUAGAGAAAGCGAUGCUGGAGCUCUAAUUCUUCGACUUCUUUUUCGAAAAUAUGUUUUGGAGCAUGGUUGGAUCAUCAGACUUUCUUCAAAUGUUGUCUAUGAACAUCCUCAGCUGGGAGGGGUUCAAGUUCAGAUGAGUGAAAAUCUCCAAACUCAUAGAUUUAGAAGCCCAGUGUCUGACUAUGUGCUAUCACUGGUUGAAUGGUUGCGAGCUGCAGCUGAGAAGGGAGAGAAAGACCUAAAAGAGGCUUGUGAGAAGAGCUUUGUUCAUGGAAUAUUGCUAACUUUGAGGUACACAUUUGAGGAACUGGACUGGAACUCUGAAGUGGUCAUGGAAAGCAGGCUUCAAUUGAAAGGUGCCUUAGAGAAACUCCUUGAAGUGGUCAUGCGCAUUACUUCUUUGGCAUUGUGGGUGGUUUCUGCAGAUGCCUGGUUUAUGCCUGAGGAGUCAGGUGAUAUAGUUGAAGAUGGUGGUUUUCUUCCUGAUGUAACGGUUGAGAUUGACAUUUCUGAGAAUGACUUGAAGGCCCUGGACAAUGUAAUACCGGAAGAACAGCCUGUGGAACAAGUUGUCAUGGUUGGUUGCUGGCUUGCUAUGAAAGAGGUUAGCCUUCUGCUGGGAACCAUUACUCGAAAAAUUCCCUUGCCAACUGAUGUUUCAUCUUCCUCUUCCUCUUCUGAUUUAUGUAAUGCUGGUUCUGCCAAUGGAUCAGAAGAGGAUCUUUGCAUGCAACAGCAAGCAAUUGUGUUCGAUGGAAUGCUCGAGUUAAAACAACUGGAAGCCAUAGGGGACCACUUCUUGCAAGUUCUCUUGAAAAUGAAGCACAAUGGUGCCAUUGAUAAGACCAGGGCUGGCUUUACAGCUCUCUGCAAUCGCCUACUUUGUUCAAAUGAUUCAAGACUUUGUAGAAUGACAGAGUCUUGGAUGGAAAAACUUAUGGAAAGAAUUGUAGCUAAGGGACAAACUGUGGAUGAUCUGUUAAGGAGGAGCGCAGGAAUUCCUUCUGCAUUUAUUGCCCUUUUCCUUUCUGAGCCAGAAGGAACACCAAAAAAGCUUCUACCACGUGCCCUAAGGUGGCUAAUUGAUGUUGCUAAAUCAUCACUGCUCAUCUUAAGUGCCCCUUCUGGCACUCAUAAUUAUAAGUGUGGUGACAUAUCAUCUAGUGAGGACACUACGAUGAAAAACAAGCCACUAUCCUCAUCUCUCUUAACAUCAGAUACCCCCAUAUCGAGUGGGGUCUCAAAGGUCAGAGAUGAAGGCGUGAUUCCUACUGUGCACGCGUUCAAUGCCCUGAGGGCUGCUUUCAAUGACACAAAUUUAGCUACCGACACAUCUGGUUUUUGUGCUGAGGCUCUGAUAAUUUCAAUACGCUCAUUCUCUUCACCUUAUUGGGAAAUACGGAAUAGUGCAUGUCUUGCAUACACUGCCUUAGUUCGCCGCAUGAUAGGGUUUCUUAAUGUACACAAGCGUGAAUCAGCAAGGCGUGCAUUGACAGGGCUCGAGUUCUUUCAUAGGUAUCCAUCAUUGCAUCCUUUCCUGUAUGAGGAGCUGAAGGUUGCGACUGAGAUGCUUGGUGAUGGCAACUCGCAAAAGUCAGAAUCCAGUAUUGCAAAAAUAGUGCACCCAAGCUUGUGCCCCAUUCUAAUUCUCUUGUCAAGGCUCAAGCCUUCUACAAUCAGUUCUGAGUCUGCACAUUCCUUGGACCCGUUCUUAUUUUUGCCAUUUGUCAGACUAUGUGCAACACAAAGUAGUCUAAAAGUCCGCCUUCUUGCAUCAAAAGCCCUAACAGGCUUGGUAUCUAAUGAGAAACUGCACGCUACCUUACAGAGUAUAGCAUAUGAAUUACCAUGCAUGGAUGUUCUCGGUUCGACUUCUACUGGUUCAGAUGGCAACAUAAAUAAUGGGGCAUUGGAAGGAAAACCCAGGUUUUGUUCUUUCAAUUCUAUUCAUGGGAUGCUAUUGCAGUUGAGUUCUCUUGUUAACAUAAACUGCCGUAAUUUGGCCGAUAUCUCUAAGAAAGAACAAAUUAUUAGCCAAAUGAUGCCGGUGCUUAUGACCUGCUCGUGGAUUGGGAGCACCAAGCUUUGCCCUUGCCCCACUUUGAAUGGAUCAUAUUUACAGGUAUUGGACCACUUGCUUAGUGUUGCAAAAGAUUCCUCGACGAGCAAAUAUGUCCUGGUGAUCCAAAGCUUGCUUUUGGAGUUGACUUCUGAGUGCUUAGAGCUUGGUGCUCCUGUUGCAUCUGAUUUAUUUGAUCCCACGAAAGUGGAGCUUCGCCGUAUUUCAACUCUAAUUUAUUUCAGCUGUAUGAUUGGAGGGGAUCUUGAUAUGUACAAAGAUGGCUCUCACUCCCAAGCCAAUAGUGAGGUGGCAUCUUCUAAUUCAUCAAGGCUUCCUGAAAUAGAGAGUUCUGUUAAGCUCGAUGAUAAAAUAAUAAGUUGCAUAAGAGAUGCUUGCUAUGAAGUUCGACUUGCAACAUUAAAGGUUAUUCAUAAAUUUGUAAAUUUGAUUGAGUCUGAUGGGCCUGGCUUCACAAUGGGAGGUCAUUACUUUGAUUGCAUGUAUGGGUGGGCUAGAUUCAAUUUGCAACCCAUCCUGAUGAGGCUCUUAGACAUGGAGGACAACCCAAAAUGCAUUUAUUAUGUUCUGAGAAUUCUCUUCUCUUGGAACUCAAUUCAAUCCCAAAACCGUGAGGAUCUGCUCUUCAAAGAAAGAAUGGAUGUUAGCAAAAUGGAUCGUGAUUCUGUAUUGCGUUUUUGGGAAAAACUUAUUUCCUUGAGGAAGGAUGUAAGGCAUAGUAAGACCAAGGAAACACUUCUAUGCUGCAUGGGAAUAUGUGUAAAGCAGCUCACAAAAUUUUUCAGGAGAAAUGAGCAAAUGGCAGCUUUUACCAAGGAAUACUCUCUAGAAAGAUUGCAUGACAUUUAUAGCUGCAUAUACUCUUUUGUGCUCGAAAUCAGGCAUUGCGCUUCAUCAUCUGAACCAGUUACUAUGCGGAAGGCAGCUGCAGAAGCCAUGGUCGCAUCUGGUUUAUUGGAAGAGGCAACAUUUGUUGGUACAUUGGUGUCUAAUGAGCGAGUCUUCUGUUUCGAUGAAGAGGAAAGGAGAGGUUCAAUUUCUUGUAACUGGUUGGAAACCAUAAAUAGGUAUGCCAUCGACAUAUUAGAUCUGUGGUUCACUUGCAUCAAGUUAUUAGAGGAUGAGGAUGUUGGCCUAAGGUGCAAACUUUCUAUAGCCAUGCAAAGGUGUAUAAAUACCAUGGGAUUCACUAAAAUCUAUGAAAACGGUGAUGUUCCAGUUCAAGUAGAAAGAGUUCUGGAGUCUACAUUUGAGUGCCAGUCUUCAGUCUUUGGCAACUGGUUGGGUUAUCUCAAUUAUCUUUCUGGGCAAGUAUUCAAUGCAGGUAAUUAUGUGACAAAUAAAUGGGAUUUGAUCCGUAGAGUCUUUGAUAAGGAGAUUGAUAACCACCAUGAGGAAAGACUUUUAGUUUGUCAGAUUAGUUGUUUCCAUAUACAGAAGCUUCUAUCUAGGAAAAAUAUUCAUGAGAUAUGGGGGAAGGAUAUCAAGAGCAUGGUGGAGAAGUGGAGAAUGAAAUAUCUGGGACAGAUAUUAUCAUUUUCUGAGAACUAUAUUAAUUCAGAUGAUAGCAUUGUUUGGAUUGCUGGUAUAGCAAACCAUCAAGAUGCAUUCAUAUCAUUGUAUGCUAAUUUAUUAGGCCUUUAUGCCUUCUCCCAUUGUCCUGGUGAUGAGAACCACCCACCAUUUGAAAUUGUUUCUGGUGUGCCUCUGUAUCCUGGUCUUGUUGGACUUGGAGGAAUCAUGACACCACUACUGAGGAACCCACUGAUUUCAAACCUGUAUUUCUUAGUUCUUAAGGUGUAUGAGAAAUUGUCUGGUGUUAAGUUGUGCUCUUCAGAACAAAAUAAAAACAGGGACCUUUCUUGUUGUCAAGGUUUCGACCCAUAUUUCUUGCUGAGAUGAGGAUAGGCUCUAAUGCCCACAUUAUUAGUUUCAUGUUGGUUUUGUAACUGCGGAAUUGUACAUAGUCCAGAUGAGGCAAUUCUUGGAUUCUCUAUUGAUUCUGGAAGCCGGUGAUUUGAACCAGUGCAGAAAGGUCAGUUCCAGAUACCUUUUCUUUGUUUAAAAUUUCAGUCAGAUGUACCUUUAGUAAUUUUGGAUGCCUGAGCAAAAUCUGAUGCAUUAGUUAAUAUUAAACUGGAUAGUGUUUUGAUGUAUAACAUGAAGUUUUAUGGUUUAGUAAGAAUACUUGGAGCAUUUAGGCCAUCCAUGUAUCUAUUCAUUGUGUUCUUGAAAGUAGAAAUAUUGAUUUUAAAUAUUGGCCGUUGACAGAUUUUGUGUUUC